UUAGCGGACUUUUAGUAAUGACGUGAAAUGUAAACAAUAAAUAAAUAAAUAGAUUAAAGUAUAGUAAGGCAGUGCAGUUUAAUUUCAUUCAUUUAUUUUUCAAAAAAUGACAAGAUUUCACAGGAUCUGAAGGUUCCUAGAAAACACGUUCGUUUGGAAAGACUUGCAAAAGAAGGCGCAAAAGAACUGUUAAAUUCCUGAUGCUUGAAAUCAACAGAGGCUAAAAGGCCUGUGUGCAGAUCUUCGCACACAGCUAACAUUUAGGACCAAAGCAACAGCCAGUUUACAUGUAUACUCUAGUGUGAAGUUCAUUCUUGUCUGUCUAGACUCUGAUUACGACCCUGUUUGUCUGCGUUUUUUUUUUUUACCUUGACCUUGGACUUCCGUGCAGCUGCCGUUUGGAUGAGCCUUUCGUAGUUGUAAUUUACUUGAGACAAAAGAGCCAUGGCCUCUGUCCGGGGGAAGGACUGGGCUCUGCACUUCCUCCUCAGUGCACCAGUGCACCACGGCGGCCUGCAGUACUGUCAGCAGUGCAAGAAAUGUUGAUAAACUAGGCACCGUCCGUGGGGCAGCUUGUAUCCUGCUUUAUGGGUGACUCACGGGACAGGCAUCACAAAAAGCCUGUUUUGUGGCCAUUUAGUGGAGCAGCUUCCUGUGCAGUGCUGCGAAUUAAAUACACAUAAAAGUUUUAAAUAAUAACCCAAAACAAACAAAAAAAACUCCUUAUUUCUCACCAGAACAUAGAAGAAGGGGAUUUGCGCCACUGGCUCUGUGACUACAAUACUCUGAAAACUAUGCAGCUUUUGAGAUUUUUUUUCCCUUUUUUCUUUUUUUGAAAUCUGAAGGAAGAAGAGAGCUGAGUCAGGGGAACACACGUUAGCGAGGGGAAAGUUUUCGCAUUUGUUCCAAUCGUUGUUUUUUUUUUUUAAAUAAACGCCUGCAGUGUAUUUGAAUUCAGGAGCUCAGAUCGUUCUGUUUGUGAUUUUAAACUCACAGCCAUCACUGUGCACUUGUACGGUGGCCAGUGACGAGCUCUCAGUGAAACUUCAGCUCCAUAUAAGGUCGUUAAUGCUCCUUUAAACCGCCGUUUAUCGUUUAAACCCCCUUUUUGGACCGAGCUGGGAUUAUAAUCCCGCUGGUCAUCACGUCAACACCGUGUGCGGAUUUUGUCACCCAUUAUAUAUAAAUAAACACGUUAAAAUAUAACAUGCAUUUGUAAAAUAUGACAGUGUCUUACCUGUAGUUGUCUUUACGGCUCCUCGUCGAAGACAUUUAAAAAUGACAACGUUUAACUGACAUAAUGCAAAACUCUCUUCUUUCAACGCACGCACACACGUAAACGAAUACAAGAAAUAUCAAUAUAUAUUUUUCUUAAACCUGACUGUGUGCAGGAAAUUAAAUCUUAAAUUUAAAAUUUUCUGUCAAAUAUUUUUUGCAGCUAUAAUGCGCAAAUUGUGUCCCUGACUAUUUUAACCCAGGGCAGGGGAACUUCACCCUCCUCAAUAUUUUUAUAUUCUGCUGAAACGUGAAGUGCCACUGCCAGGUUUGGUCACAUGUGAUGUUACCUCAGGAGGUUAAUAUGACCCUGUACAAGUUAUAUACGAUUUAAAGGAAAUGCCUUCCUCUUAAAAAGUGCUCUUGGACUCUGGGAAAACCUCACGGAUGCGUGUUUGCUUUGACAAGAGUGUGUUCUAGUUUGUGUGUUGUUUCAUGGUGUUCACUAAAAUUGACCGCAGCCCUGGGAUGGAAGAUUAAAUCACAGUUCGUUUGUUAUAACUUUUAUUAAUCAAACAGUAUUGCUGAUGAGUCACAUUGCUCCCCUGAAGCAGUAAAACUCCGGUCACAGCCGGUCCAAAAACUCUCCAACUCUCUUCAACAAUGUCAGAGAAUAUUUACCCAGUGUUAGUUUGGCAGUUUGUUUGCUGUGUGGACUUUAUUUUCCGUGGACUGUGACAUGUUUAAUGUGCGAGCAUUUUCUCUCAGAGUCGGAGUCGGCCAAAUUUCACAGGCUGUUUUGGUUUGUCCCAGUCCUGAAAGUAUCCCUUUAAGGCUGCGGCUCUGCCAUCUUUGAGCCAAUGAAAUGAGCCGUUCUUCUGCAGAAAAAAAGCUGACAUGUGAUGCAGUGGCUCUUUAAAGGGCUGCUCAGCUUCGAGCUCCCAAACCCAAUCUCAUAGGACUCGUUAGCGAAUCACGUGCCGGAUUCUUAAUGAAGUGGACGCGCGAGGGGUCCGCCGUGCGCAUGCGCCUGGUGUAAAAUGUAGUUGGAAAUGAGGUGUCCGUCUUGGAGUAGUCGACUUUUAAAAAGCAUCGGCAACCCCUGAUAUGACGACUUCGCUGGUUCUGCAUCCACGUUGGACGAACACCUUGAUGUACGUUUAUGAAAAAAGCCCGAAUGACAACAACCAGAAUACAAACCAAACAAUGGAGGGACUGAGCAGCAAUUGCCCUGCGACCCACUGCAGGGACCUAAUGUCGCACCCCGCGUUAGGACGACAUUCUGGCACCAUAGCGUCCCACCAGGGCUCCGUCUACUCGGAUAUAUCUUCUCCAGACGCCGGCCGUCAGUGUCCCGCUCCGCAAACGUCAUCCAGCGCAUCUUUGAGCUACGGUUACCCCUUUGGAAACCCGUAUUACGGCUGUCGACUCUCUCAUUCGCACAACGUGAACUUGCAGCAGAAGCCAUGCUCAUACCACCCUGCAGACAAAUACGCCGAGCCCAGCACAGCGCUGCCCACGGAGGAACUGUCGACCAGGGCUAAAGAGUUCGCCUUCUACCCGAGUUUCGCCAGCUCCUAUCAGGCUGUCCCCGGAUAUCUCGACGUGUCGGUGGUGCCUAGUAUCAGUGGCCACCCCGAACCGCGGCACGACGCCCUGAUCCCCAUGGAGGGCUACCAGCACUGGGCUCUCUCCAAUGGCUGGGAUGGGCAGGUGUACUGCUCCAAAGAGCAAACACAGUCCAGUCAUCUGUGGAAGUCACCUUUUCCAGAUGUAGUUCCUCUGCAGCCCGAGGUCAGCAGCUACCGCCGUGGACGCAAAAAACGGGUCCCUUACACGAAGAUCCAGCUGAAGGAGCUGGAGAAGGAGUAUGCAGCCAGCAAGUUCAUCACCAAAGACAAGAGAAGGCGCAUCUCCGCCGCCACCAACCUCUCAGAGCGUCAAGUCACCAUCUGGUUCCAGAACCGGCGGGUGAAGGAGAAGAAAUUCGUCAGUAAAUCCAAGAGCAGUCACAUGCACACCACUUGAUGAGAUCAGCGACCUUCCAACUGCAGCCCAUGUCUCCUAGAACAUCAUACGCCAUAUUCUUACCUCCUACAUCCAAAGUCGUGGCCGAAGAACAUUUUUGGCUUGAUGUUUUUUUUUAAAUCUUUUCCUUUUGUAAUUUAACUUCCAUCUUUUCAUCGACCACGUCACCGCCGCCCUCUGUUUUCAAGUUAGAGAUGAUGCUCUAAAAGAAAAACUGUGAAAAUAUUGAA